UGAAAAAAAAAUCUUUCUCUCAUUUUCAAACGCAUGCGCUUUUACGAUCAUAGUAUUUAUUUUUUUUGUAUUCGGGUUCGAUUUACGCUCGAACUAUCGGGAUCGGGUGUAGGCUUUUUUAACGGCAGCUAUUCGUAAAGAAUCCAUUUUUGCAACUUAUCUUAAUUAAAUUCCUUGUUUUUUUUAGAAUUGUUGAUUAACCUGUUUUGAAAAAUGCCGAUUGGAGGUGAAAUUGGAUUUGCAACUUUGCCCGAACAUGUUCAUCGAAAAUCAGCCAAAAAAGGAUUUGAUUUCAGCAUAAUGGUGGUUGGAGAAUCAGGCCUUGGCAAAUCAACUUUGGUAAAUUGUCUUUUUCUUGGUGAUUUAUACAAGGAUCGUAAAAUACCUUCGGUAGACAAACUUCUCGAACGAACUGUCAACAUUGAAAAGAAACAAUUGGAUAUCAUUGAAAAAGGUAUCAAACUUCGUGUGACAAUUGUUGAUACACCUGGAUUUGGUGAUUCAUUGAACACAAGUGGUAGUUUUCAAAUUGUUGAAAACUAUAUCGAUGAACAAUUCAAUCAAUACUUUAAGGAUGAAUCCGGAUUGAAUCGUAAGAACAUUGUUGACAAUCGUAUUCAUUGUUGUUUGUAUUUUAUUUCACCAUUCGGUCGUGGACUUACACAACUGGAUAUUCAAUUCAUGAAACGAUUAAAUUCAAAAAUCAACAUUGUUCCUGUAAUUGCUAAAGCUGAUUCUUUGACAGCAAUUGAAGUUGCUCAGCUUAAGAAAAAAAUUCUUCGUGAAUUAGAGGAGAAUGGAAUAAACAUCUUCAAAAUUCCGGAAUGCGAUAGUGAUGAAGAUGAAUUGUAUCGUAUUAAAGAUAAAGAAAUUCGUGAAAGUAUUCCAUUCGCAAUAAUUGGUAGUACGACAAGUAUUGAUCUGAAUGGUCGUCGUAUUCGAGGUCGUGAAUAUCCUUGGGGUAUUGUCGACAUACAGGAUGAACGUUAUAGCGAUUUUAUCAAAUUACGGACAUUCCUUAGUUUGCAUAUGCAAGAUCUUAAAGAUUCAACCAGCGAUGUUCUCUAUGAAAAUUACCGAACAAAUUAUUUGGCUCAAUUGAAUGGUGGUCGUAUUGCUGAAUUGGAUUCUAGUGGUUUAUCAGCCGAUCGAUUGUUGCAAAUGAAACAAGAAGAAAUUCGACGAAUGCAAGAACAAUUGAUGAUCAUGCAGGAACAAUUGCGACAGACAUCAAGACCGGUUAGCAAUGCUCAAAGUUUGGAUGAUCUUUUGGACGAUAAUGAUCCUAAUGGCGAAUGAAACAAUAAUUAAUAUUGAUGAAAAAUCAAUUAUUUUGUUUACCGAAGAUCAAAGAACAUGCAUACACACACACAUUCCUUUCUACUAUAAUCUAUGUUUUUUAUCUAU